AUGCCUUUUGCGCAGCUUAUCCUGGGCAGUCCAGGCUCCGGAAAGAGCACCUACUGCGAUGGCAUGCACCAGUUCAUGGGCGCAAUUGGUCGCGCAUGCUCUGUGGUAAACCUCGAUCCCGCCAACGACCACACAAACUACCCGAAAGCACUCGACAUUCGCGACCUGGUGAAGUUGGAGGACAUCAUGGCGAGCGACAAGCUGGGGCCGAACGGCGGCAUUCUCUACGCUCUGGAGGAGCUGGAGCACAACAUGGAAUGGCUCGAAGAAGGGUUGAAAGAGUUCAGCGAAGACUACAUCCUGUUUGACUGUCCAGGCCAGGUCGAGCUAUACACACAUCAUAACUCUCUGCGCAACAUCUUCUUCCGGCUGCAAAAAGUCGGCUUUAGACUUGUCGUAGUACACCUCUCCGAUUCUUUCUGCCUCACGCAACCCUCGUUGUACAUUUCGAACCUACUUCUGGCCCUCCGUGCCAUGCUCCAGAUGGACAUGCCACACAUUAAUGUCCUUACCAAAAUCGACAAAGUCGCCUCCUACGACAGCCUACCCUUUAACCUCGAGUACUACACCGAUGUCGACGACCUGUCAUACCUGAUCCCGUAUUUGGAGGAGGAAUCGCCAGCGAUGCGCAACGAGAAGUUCAGCCGAUUGAACGAGGCCGUCUCCAACAUGAUUGAGAGCUACAGCCUGGUCCGUUUCGAAGUCCUAGCGGUGGAAGACAAGAAGAGCAUGAUGCAUCUCCUCCGGGUGAUCGAUCGAGCGGGUGGUUACGUAUUCGGAAGCGCAGAGGGCGCCAACGAUUCCGUUUGGCAGGUUGCCAUGCGCAACGAGUCGGCCAUGAUGGAGAUUCAGGAUAUACAGGAGCGCUGGGUCGAUCGCAAGGCAGAGUAUGACGAGCUGGAGCGGAAAGAGUGGGAGGAGCAGGCCAAAAUACGGGAGGCGGAGGAUCCGAACGCGGGUCCGACCCCCCAGCAGGGUGCGGCGGAUUAUGAUCCAGACUUCGGCGACAUGUCGAUACCCGCGGAUAGUGGUGUAAAAGUAGUGCGCAAGAACAAAUGA